UUGUUAGCAUGACGUAGCAUCGAUGCUACGGAAGUAGCAAACCUGUGCAGAAAGAGAUGUGAAACAUGGACCUAAAGUAAAGCCGGCAGCUCAAAAACAAAACAUGAAACCUGCCAUGUUAAAGUGAAAUGCAAAACAACCCGAAAGACAGCUCAAUGCGACUGUCUGAACCACAUCAUGGACUUUCUCACCCUGUUUGCCAUCUACGUGGUGGUGAUGCUGACAUGUAUCUUCCUGGUGUGUAAAUACUCCGGCAAGCAGCACAGCCCGUUAAACAGACUUAUUGAUUGUUUUGCAAAGGUUUUUGCUCCUUUGACUCCACUAUGGCUGCAAAGGUUUUUCCAGCGGAGUCUGCACAGAAUGUUUCAUCAAAGGAACAACAUGUUCAUCUACCUGCACGUGGUCUUGGAGGCCGCCGUGUACGGAGAGUUCACCUACGAGGUGUUCGGCUUCUGCAGGGACAUGGACACUUCUCUGACCAGCCUAUCGGUGCCUUAUAUCCUGCUGGUGCUGAAGACUUUCUUCUUCUACCUCUGCAUUAAGACAGAUCCAGGCACGGUGACGAAGAGCACCGUCUCCGGUCUGCUGCGCGUUUAUCCGUACGACAGGCGGCUGUUCCAUCCCGGAGUCUCCUGUCCGACCUGCCGGCUCGUCAAACCGGCGCGCUCCAAACACUGCGGCGUCUGCGACAGAUGCGUCCACCGCUUCGACCACCACUGCGUUUGGGUGAACAACUGCGUGGGCGCUCGGAACACGGGCUACUUCCUGCUGUACCUGCUCGCCGUGUGCGCCAUGGCGGCCGACGUGGCCGUGCUGACGGCGGACAUGCUGCUCCACGCCGUGCUGCGCUCGGGGCUCCUGGGGGCCAGCUACAUCGACGAGAACGGCGAGCAGCAGGCGGCCGGGUUUCUCUUCAUCGUCCAGCAUCUUUUCCUCACGUUCCCCCGAAUCAUCUUCAUGCUGGGCUUCGUCAUCUUCGUCUUCUUCCUCCUGGCGGGGUACGCCCUCUUCCACCUCUACCUGGCUCUGGUCAACCAGACCUCCAACGAGUGGUACAAGAGUCGGGGGUACGUCUGCCAGCACUGCCACCCCCCCGCCGCGCCCGACGCUCUCUGCAGCCCCGCCCCCAACCACUCCAGGAGAUUCUUCUACAGCAGAGGGCCGCUGCGCAACCUCCGAGAGGUCUUCUGUCCCUGGAGACCGGGGAAGAAGAAAGACAAGUGAAGAAGAAGUUCACGCCUUCGCACGCGACUUUUUACUGUUGGGAGAAUAAAUGGUUUUGACUUCUUUA